GCUGUUCGGAGCGUUAUGGGAAUAUCCUGAACGUUGACACAACUGGAGCUUCGGAGGCAACCGCGAAACCGGAAGGUCUGAGCUAUGCAGGAGUUCCUGCCUCAGAGAAGAUUGCAGAAGGAGAUUUGAAGAACAUGGAGAAAUACCGAGCCAAGAUUACAAAAGUUGGCAACAGCAAGUGUGUUGAUCCAGCUGUGAUUGCUGGUAUUAUCUCUCGAGAGUCGCAUGCUGGGACAGUGCUGGACGGCGGCUGGGGUGACCACGGGAAUGCAUUUGGUUUAAUGCAGGUUGACAAACGGUACCAUAAGAUUGUCGGGUCAUGGGACAGUGAAGAGCACUUAGCACAAGGCACAGAGAUUUUAUGUGGGAUGAUAAAGGAAAUCCAGCAGAAAUUCCCAACAUGGACAAAGGAACAGCAGCUCAAAGGUGGGAUUUCAGCCUAUAAUGCGGGGCCUGGAAACGUCCACACCUAUGACGGAGUAGAUAUUGGCACAACCCACAAGGACUACGCCAAUGAUGUGGUUGCAAGAGCCAAGUUUUAUAAGAGAAAUGGAUACUAA